AUGGAUGGAUGUGCAUUGGGAAUGUUUCCGUCAGCCUCACAAAUGCUGAAUGAGCUAGUGGUGGGAGACACCAACGGGAAACUCUAUGUUUACAAGAAUGAUGACAGCAAACCGUGGACUGUGCGAUCUUGCCAAGGAAUGCUCACAUGUGUUGGCGUGGGAGAUGUAUGCAAUAAAGGAAAGAAUCUCGUGGUGGCGGUGAGUGCAGAAGGCUGGUUUCAUCUUUUUGACCUGACUUCUCCAACUUCAAAACACCAAGAUGCUUCAGGCCACCAUGAGUUGGCAGCAGCAGAAGAGCAGAAGCCAGUGUUCAAGCAGCACAUUCCUGCCAACACCAAGGUCAUGCUGAUCAGUGACAUCGAUGGAGAUGGGAAGUGUGAGUUGGUAGUGGGUUACACUGACAGGGUGGUACGUGCCUUCCGCUGGGAGGACUUGUCGGAGAAUUCAGACCACAUCUCUGGGCAGCUGCUCCUGUUGAAGAAAUGGCUGCUAGAAGGUCAGGUGGACAGCCUCUCUGUGAACCCAGGCCCUGACGGAUCACCAGAGAUGAUGGUGUCUCAGCCAGGCUGCGGUUAUGCCAUUCUGCUGUGCACCUGGGACUCUCAGCAGCAAGCCACGACAGAGGGAAGAGACAACUCUCCCCCAAGCAGUGAGGCCCCUAUUCGAGAUGUUAUUCUACACCAAACGUCUGGACGGAUUCACAACAAGAAUGUUUCCACUCAUCUAAUUGGUAGCAUUGGCCGAGGUGAGAGUGACAAUAGUGGCUCAGGUCUCUUUGCCCUCUGUACUCUGGAUGGGACAUUGAAACUCAUGGAGGGAGCCGACAAGCUGCUCUGGUCUGUGCAGGUUGAUCACCAGCUGUUUGCUCUGGAAAAGCUGGAUGUUACUGGCAAUGGGCAUGAAGAGGUGAUUGCCUGUGCAUGGGAUGGUCAGACAUACAUCAUCGACCACAAUCGGACUGUUGCCAGAUUUCAAGCAGAUGAGAAUGUCAGUGCAUUCUGUGCAGGACUCUAUGCAUGCAAAGGAGGAAGCAACAGCCCCUGCCUGGUUUAUGUCAGCUUCAAUCAGAAGAUCUACAUCUACUGGGAUGUGCAGCUGGAGAGAAUGGAGUCCACCAACCUGUUGAAAAUCCUGGACUGUGACCCAGAGUUUGGAAGUCUCCUGCAGCAGCUGGGUGUGGAUAGAGGUGAUGUUUCUGCCGUCAAAGAUCUGAUUCACAAAACACUGUAUUUUCCAGAGAAACAGGAGCAGAGCAGCCCCUCACAGUGUCAGGACCCUGCUGGGAGAGACUCCUCUGCCCACUAUACUGUCAUCCAGGAUCCCUUAUAA